CACUGUAUAGAAUAAUUCCGAAAAUAUAAAAAGCCCAAAGGCCCAACAUGUAAAAUACCAAAAAUACCUCGUCAACAAUGUGCUUUUGACUAUUUGUUACACGAUCGUUUAAAUAAUUGGGUUACACGAUCGUUUAGAUUCGUUUAGAUUUGGUUACACAAUCGUUUACAUUUGACUACCCUAAAUCUAAACCAAUUUUAUUUAAAAUUUGAUAUACGAUCGUUUAGAUUUGGCUAUACGAUUCUUAGAUUUGGUAACACAAUCGUUUAGAUUUUGCUACACGAUCGUUUAUAUUUGGAAAAAAAUACACCGUUAUAAUUUAUCACAGUCUCAAAAGGGAAAGGAAAUGGAGGAAAAAAGUUAAAAGACUAAUUUGACAUAAUAGUUUCCUUAGCUUUUUUUUCCAACCCUUCCAAUUGAUCUCAAUCUAACAUACCCUCUCAAAAAGAAAUUCUCCUUUGUUUUUAUAUGUUUUUAUAGGACAGAGAGAGCAGUACCAUGUUUUAAGAGUGGAGGAGGUGGAAGAGUCUGAAGAGGCAGAGGAAAAAAAUCUUAGGAGAGAAAAUUCGGUGAGUUGAGGGAAAAUAAGUACGAAGGAGAUGUGAUAUUCAUUUUUUUGUUUUAAAAAAACAAAUGGUUAAAUUCAAAUUCAAAUCCACUUUCAAAAUAAAGUAGAUAAAUAAAAUAAAAAAGCAAAUAAAUAAAUAAUAAAUAAAUGACAAAAUAUUAUAUCUACGACCUCUAACCUUUAGAAGAUUACCCUUCCAUUAGAUCAAAAAAAUUGCUGGAGUUUAUUCUUACAACGCAAAAUUUAUAUCAAGAAAAAUUAAAUAAUGACGCAAAAACCGUGUCAUAAAAAAUUUCGCAUUUGUCAUUUUUAACGACACAUUUACUUUCACCCCACCCUUUUUUUAUUUUUAACGACACAAUAUUUUGAUUACUAGUGUCGUUAAAACCCAAAUUUGUACUAGUGAUAUUAUAUCACUGGAGAAUAUGUACGAGGCGUAACACUUUAUCUGAGUUAUACUUGUCCGUCCAUUCGUUAGAGCCUUGCAAGCAUGUGACACAAAAAUUUAUAGGCUGGUGGGCCUCGAGGCACGAUACCUAUUUUGAGGAUAACAGACACCAUUUGGUGAGUAGUGUCAUUCCUCCCCUUUCACAACCCAAACUGUCUAAGAACCGAGGGAGCAACUUGAAUGAUAAAGAAAUUUACUUGGUUGAGGCGAUGGAUGCUGCUCUCGAGGAGGAGAUAAAGGAGCAUAAAGAUGAGAGUGAAAGCAUCAAAAGUGAUCGUCAUUGGAAGAGACCUUUGAAGAAAGCGAAGGUAUCAAGUGAUGAUCUCGACGGAAGGGUUUCAAGUGCUUUGGGAGUCCCUGAUGUUCCACCACUGUCACCUUUGAACCAUCAUCUUGAAGGCCUUAUAGAGCAGUUGAUUCGACCAUUGAGAAAGUUGGUACCUCGAAGACUCCUGCCUCUAAACCAGCCAAACAGUCCUUACGUCCAUCUACUCUUCUCGAGGAGAUUCGUCGAGGCAAGAUGAUAGUGGUAGGAAAAGACAUUGGGAGUCCUUCAUCCAAAGGAGAUGCCUGUCCUAAAGCACCCUUACAGAAGGUCAGCUCGACACCUGCUCCCCUUAAGUUUUCUGAAUCGUUUUUAGACACUUCUAAUAGACAGACUACGAGAAACCCUAAACCUUCUCAGUGAGUUGAUGAAAAUAUUGUUUCAAACUUCUUCAAGAAAACAGCCUUAUAUAUGUUGGAGGAUAUUCAAUAUAAGAUCAUGUGAACUUCUUUUGAAUAUAUCCCAAGACUUAGGCUAGAAAUAGUAACGGUUCUCUCGGAGAUUGAAAAGAUCCAUGCAGAUGGCUUGAUUCCUCUUGAAGAGUAUUUAAAUAGCUAUCUUAAGAGGGACAAUUUCAACGAUGUGUAAUUUUCAUAUUUUGCACAGUUGUUGUCAACAGAUAAAGCUCGUCAAUUAGACGAGAGGACAUCUGCCAUCAAGGAAGCUUUAACUUUGAUGGAACAAGUACGAGGGGAUGCCAAAGUUAUUCAAGAAAGAGCCACGCAGUUAUCUUUAGAAAAGAAGGAACUGAAAAGAAGACUUUAGAGGAUAAAUGUUGAGUCUGAACAACUGUCGAUCUUAUCUUGUGAGAAAGAAGAGGCCAUAAACCAGCAAGAACUAGAAGUUGCCAAGCUCCAAGAUGAAGUUAACACCCUUGAAAGCACCCUGUUAUUACUGAAGAAGUGAUUGAGGCACUGGCUACGGUUCCCAGGAGCAUGGAAGCUUUGAUUUAUGCCUCAUUUGCCCCAUUUUCUUUUGUUGCAAUCCUUGUAAAUGUAUAAAAAAAAAUUUGUUGAAUGAUAAUGCAAAAGA